GCACAAGCUCACUGUGAGAUUAUUUUCACAUACAGUAAUGGGGUGGAAAGAUAAUCUCCUGAUUUGUUCUUUCUUUGUGUCAGUUUACCUGCUGACACAGGUUAAAUGUGGUCCUGUGAACGCAGCCUCAUCUUUGAGUGUUGAAGAAGAGUUUGUGGCACGCGGGGACUUCACAAGAGAAAGAAGAGCCGUAAAGGCCUGCUCAGGCCUUCAGAAAGAUCUGAAUGAGAUGAAGAUUAAAUGUAGGGAUUCUUACAAGGUAGCAAAGGACAAUAUUGAUGGUCUUAAAAAGCAACUGGAUGAUCUUUUUAAACAAGUCAGUGCCACCAAGAGUCCAGUGAAGGAUGUCUUAAACAUUCUCCGGAAAGCCAUCGACCUGCAGGAGAUGGAUGCGCUAACAAUCACUGAGAGAAAUGCCGCAAAGAUCGAAGGACUGAAGCAGCGUCGUAAGGAAGCAGUGAGAGACUUAGCAGAGAUGAAGAAAGAAUUUUCAGGAAGUGUUGCAAUGUUCAAGCAUACAGUUUCAAAGAGAAGCGCAACAUCAACCGCUCUUAAUGAACUAAAGAAAUACCUUGAAGACAAGCUCAAACAACCAGGGGAACAAGGUGGCAUUGCAAGCCAAGUGCUGCAGAUUGUCACAUUGCAAAUUGAAGCAAUGGAACUAAAGAUACACCUCUCUGGUAUAUAUAAGACGCAAGUGCAGAUGGAUGGAACUAUAAGCAAACUGGAGCACAAAAAUGGCCUCCUGGCAGAUUUAAAGGAGGAGCGAGAAGAGAGGAGAGAAAAAUUAGAAAAAAUUGAUAAACUCAUUGCAGCACUGAAGAAAGAAAUAUCGGACCUGAAUGCUGAAUUAUUAGCGCUUAAACAAACGCUUGCUCAACUUAAUGGACAGACAAAAGAAUUUGAUGGGAAACGAGCUGAAGUAAUGGACAAAAUUGCCAAACUGAAGGGAAAAGAUGAGUUAAUUUCUAGAAUUCUUACACUCCAGUUUGAAUUUAUGGAGGCGCUAAUUACUGCAAAUGGACAAAAGAAUGCAGACGACUUUGUGUUAGCUGAUCUCCAGAAAGAGCUUAAAAAGGAACAGGACAGGGCACUUUAUCUGGAUGCUGAAAACAAACGUUUACAGAGAAAGCUGUUUGUCCAGGAAGAAGAAUGCCAAGACAUGAUGAAUCUGUACAUCAAUGCACAAGCUGAACUGGAUGCUCGAGUAAAUGAAAUAUCAGAUCCAACCUCAAAGACAGCUGUCCAGAUUAUUUUGCUGAGCUUUGAAAUAGACCAAAUAACGAAACAAAUUAAAGCAUCUUCAUCUAAUGACGAUUUGAAGCGAAUUCGGGACGAAAAACUCAAAGAACUUAAGGCGAAAAAGGGGGAACUUCAGAAAAGUGGCACUAGCCCUGAAAAAAUUCUUGAGGUGAUAUCGCAGAUGGAGGAAAUCUGGAAGCUACAGAGCGAAAAUCCAGAUAACUUAAAUCAAAUCAGCAAUCUGCAGAAGAAUCUCUUGAAAUUGAUUACAGAACUAGAUGAUAAAAUGGCUGCAAAACCAAUGCUGAAAAUCAUAGCUCUCCAAUCUGAUGUAACCUGGAUAAGGGAAAUGCUGAAAACAGUGACUGCACAGGCUGAGAUGCAGAAAAUCGAUCUCCAAAAAGCACUGGACGAUGUGAAACAUAUGCUGGAUGAAAAAAACAAAGAGCUGGCUGCUGGGACCGGUAACACCAGUCAGCUACAGAAAGAGAUUGCUCAUCUGAAUAAAGAAGUUUUGAAGCUGAAAAUGGAAAAAGACACAGCUGAACAGAUUGCACAGCAGAGGAUCAAAGAUCUUGAAGGAAAACUAAAACAGAGUAAUGAGGCAUUGGAGGAUGCAAAUAAUUCUCUGAAAGACACGAGCGAUGCUCUGUCACGACAAAUUACAAAGGUCAACAAUCUCAUCGACGAAGUGAGAACCUUGAAACAGCAAGUGCAAGAAAAAGAAUCGAUAGUAAAUGCUAGAAUAGCUGAACUUGAAAGGGACCUGGUGAAGAAGGAGGAAGAAAACGCCAAAAUUCGUGACAAGAUUGAAGAGGUGAAAAAAAAUUGUGUGGACACCCAUGAAUGCCCUGAAUAUAAAAAAAUGCAGGCUGAAUAUAACGAUACCAUUUCUAAACUGAAAAGUGACAUUCUUCAGAAGGUUUUUUUUAUUACAAGUCUAAUUGAAGAAGUGAAGUACCUGGAUAAGCAAAUUGCACAAGGAUUCCCAGGAUUGAGGGAAGAACUGGAAGAAAAGAAAAGAGAAUUGGAGGAGGCAAAGCAGCAAUUGAAAGAUGAGGGAUCCAUGGCAGCCAAAACUCUGGAAGUACUGGAGUUACUAACUGAGAUAGGGAAGCUGCAAGAAAAUCCAAAUGAGGAUAAUUCAGAAAAGAUUCAGAAACUGGAUGCUAAAUUAAAUGUUUUGCUGAAUGAGUUGCAAAACUCUGGAGAGAAGGGGCUUGGACUGACCUUAAAGAUAAUUUCCAUAAAGGAAUCAAUGUCCAGUCUAAAACAAGCACAAGUAAAAAUGCAAGAGGAAUACAAAAGAGAAAUCAAUGGUCUAAAGAAGGAAAUAGAGGACAAAGAAAAAGAGAUUUUGCUUUUGAAGGCUAACUGUGGUCAGAUCACCACUGAGCUGCAAAACAGGAUAAAACAACUAGAGAAGGAGGCUGAGGAAAGCAAACAAAAAAUGAAAAAACUACAACAAGAAUCAAGCGAUAAGAUUGCAGCGCUAGAGAAACAAAUUAAAACAAAGGACCAUCAGCUUGCAAACACUGAAGAUAAACUUAAGGAAACAAACGCUGAAAACGCUGCUUUGAUCAAAAAGCUGAACGGUCUGAAUGACGACAUACAGAAAAUCAAAGAGGAGAAAAAUAAGGAACUACAGAAUGCAAAUGAAGAAAUUACCGGUUUAAAGGACAAAUUGCAAAAACUGGAAAAUACACUUGCUAAACAGGACCUGUACCUGAAGGAGAAGGAUGAUACUAUUUCUGCAUUGAAAGAAAUACGUGACAAUAUGAAGACUGAGCUUGAUAAUGCGAAGAAGAAAAACAAAGAACUAGAGACGGAGCUUAAAACAAAGGACCAGCAACUUGCUAAAACUGAAGCCAAACUUCAGGAGCAAAAUGAUGAAAAUCAAGCCUUGCUUCGCAAGCAGGAGAAACUUGAAAAGGAACUAAAAAAAACCACAGAGGAGAAAAACACUUUGCAAAAUAAAUUACAGGAAGAAAUCUCUGACUUAAAAAAUACAGUGGAUGCACAAAAAAAAGACCUUGCUAAGAAGGACCAGAAACUUCAGGAGAAGGAAAAAGAAGCUGUUGAAUUGCAAAAGGAAAAUGUUAAAAUAAAGGAAGAGAUCAAACAAGAGAAAGAUAAAUUCAACAAUUUGAACAAUGAGAAAGAGAAACUUAAAAAUGAAGUGAAUGAACUUAAAAAAAUAAUAGAAGAAAAAGGAGAACCUCCUAAGGAAGAAUGGCCGGGGUUCGAUGCAAACACUGCCCACCGCAGACUCAUCCUGUCGCAGGAUGAGAAAGAGGCACGUACCUCUUUAUUGGCUCGGCCUGUACCAGAAACCCCUGAGCGCUACGACACCGCUAUUGCAGCUCUGGCAAAAGUCGGAUAUGAUUCUGGAAAACAUUACUGGGAAAUAGGUGUGGUUGGAAGAAAUUGUUAUGUUUUGGGAGUGGCCAAAUCGUCCGCUAAGAGAAAGGGUAUUCUGACAUAUGGCCCUUCGGCUGGCUAUUGGGUUAUUCUGAAGAAAAGAGAUGGAGCACUUGUUGCCAUUGAUGACAAGCAGGUUAAAAUAGAUGCUAGUGAAACACCUUCUGCAAUCGGGGUCCAGGUGGAUUUUAAAAAUAAAGUGGUCAUUUUUUAUAAUGCAGAAAAGAAGCAUGAAAUCUAUAAGUUCACUGGCAAUGAGCUGCAGGGUAAAGUUUAUCCAUAUGUUGAGACCUGCAGUGACUCUAAUAUUAAUGACCCUCCCUUGAUCUUAAAGAAAGUUCAAUCCACCGACUGGCUCAAGCCAUGAUCUCCAUAUAUUAGGAGUCUGUUAAUGUAUGCAAAGAAAAUGCUCUCUGCUUUGAGAUUUCAGAUUGUACUCUCAACUGCAUUCUUGAAUGUCUUGCAUCUUUCAGUUUAAUAAAACAUUUACAUUUGAAAAACA